GGAGGAGGGGGCGGGGGGUUUCACUUCCGGGACGGUGUUCCGGCCCAUUCCGGCCCAUUUCCACCCCCGGAGCUCUCGCCCCUUCAGUGCCGACGCUAGAGAAAGACUUUACUCCAGGGGCUUCCUCCUCACUGGGGAAUUGCUGGAAAGAGCAAACAAAAAGGCGCUGGUGUAGGCUCCAAAAUAAACAUCUGAAUUCGUGAUGGCAUCGACAGAGGCUCUUAAUGGAUUAAAAGUUUCAAAACAAACAAUAACGCUUUGGAAAAAGCAGGGUUGAAUGUCUGCCUGUACUUUCAGGCAUGACCAUGGAGAAAAGUGGGAACAUACAAUUGGAGAUCCCUGACUUCAGCAACUCUGUCCUGAGCCAUCUCAACCAGCUACGAAUGCAAGGCCGUCUCUGUGAUAUUGUGGUCAAUGUACAAGGACAAGCUUUUCGGGCUCACAAAGUAGUACUGGCUGCCAGCUCCCCUUAUUUCCGGGAUCACAUGUCCUUGAAUGAAAUGAGUUCUGUGUCCAUUUCUGUCAUCAAGAACCCUACUGUUUUUGAACAACUUCUUUCUUUCUGUUACACAGGGCGGAUAUGCCUGCAACUAGCAGAUAUCAUCAGCUACCUAACAGCUGCUAGUUUCCUGCAGAUGCAGCAUAUUAUAGACAAAUGUACACAGAUCUUAGAGGGCAUUCACUUCAAAAUUAAUGUGGCUGAGGUUGAAGCAGAAUUAAGUCAAACAAGGACAAAGCAUCAAGAGAGACCUCCAGAGUCUCACAGGGUUACACCAAAUCUAAACCGCUCACUUAGUCCACGGCAUAACGCCUCAAAGGGAAACUGGAGAGGACAGGUCAGUGCCGUGCUGGAUAUUAGAGAGCUCAGUCCCCCUGAGGAGUCCACCAGUCCUCAGAUAAUUGAACAGAGUUCUGAUGUAGAGGGCAGGGAACCCAUUCUUCGAAUAAACAGAGCAGGACAGUGGUAUGUGGAAACAGGAAUAGCAGACCAGGGGGCCCGGAGUGGUGACGAAGUUAGGGUUCUUGGAGCAGUGCACAUCAAAACUGAAAAUCUGGAAGAGUGGCUUGGGCCAGAGAAUCAACCUUCUGGAGAAGAUGGAAGUAGUGCAGAGGAAGUCACAGCCAUGGUGAUUGACACCACAGGCCAUGGUUCUAUAGGACAGGAAAGUUACACUUUAGGGUCUUCAGGAGCCAAGGUAGCUCGGCCAACCAGCAGUGAAGUUGACAGAUUUAGUCCCUCCGGCAGUGUUGUUUCCAUGACAGAAAGACACAGAGCCAGAAGUGAGUCUCCUGGGAGAAUGGAUGAGCCUAAGCAACUUAGCUCCCAGGUAGAAGAGUCCACAAUGAUGGGAGUAAGCGCCUACGUGGAGUAUCUCCGAGAACAAGAAGUAUCCGAACGAUGGUUCCGAUAUAAUCCCCGUCUCACCUGCAUCUACUGUGCCAAAUCUUUCAACCAAAAGGGAAGUCUGGACCGCCACAUGCGCCUGCAUAUGGGAAUCACACCAUUUGUCUGCCGCAUGUGUGGAAAAAAGUAUACCCGGAAAGAUCAGCUAGAAUAUCACAUCCGCAAGCACACAGGCAACAAGCCCUUUCACUGUCAUGUUUGUGGAAAAAGUUUCCCCUUCCAGGCCAUCUUGAAUCAGCACUUUCGAAAAAACCACCCUGGUUGUAUACCCCUGGAAGGGCCUCAUAGCAUUUCUCCUGAGACUACUGUCACAUCUCGGCAAGCUGAAGAAGGGUCACCUUCACAUGAAGAAACAGUUGCUCCUGGAGAAUCUGCCCAGGGCUCAGUUUCUACUACUGGGCCAGAUUGAAACAGUGAGGGAGAGGGGGCAAACCCUCUUCCCCUUUGGGCCGUAACCAGCCCCUGUCAGGACCAUGGGUUGGUACUUAGAUUCACAAAAUGCCACAUUACUCAACUAGAAGAUAUUCCCAUGGUUUUGCCAAAUUAGAAGACCAACAUGCGGAAAGCACUAGAGGCUCUUCUCCUCAUUCCCACCUCACACUUUGGAAAAUAAUCAAGCAAAUCAGCUUCUAAUUCAGGGAUCAACUGCCUUGGUUUGUUAACUUUAUAAGAAAAAAAAAUGUUUUUAAACAAACUGAUCAAUGAAUGGUCAUUAUCUACCGAUCAUGAUUGAACACCAUACUUAGGUCCAUAUCAUCUUGAUGGGUGACGUCCCAGAUCUAAAAAAGAGCAGCAGGAGCUUUGGCCAACUGAAACAGCCUAUCAGAAGAGGGGAAGGUAGUCACAACGGUGAGAAAGGGGAAUCUUUCUUCCCUCUUCCCUGCCAGAGCAUGCAUUUCUAUGUUUAAGGGGAAAAAAUGAAUACUGGUGGUUCUUAAUAGUCUAAAGGUUAGAUUGAUUUUACCCUGGUGAGGCAUCUAAUACUUUGCCUUGUUGUUUCAUGCGAUCAGUUCAAGGUAGCUCCAGGUAUCUAGUUACCUUGGGGCAGUAUUCCAACAGGCAGACUCACCUGAAGCACUUGGGGCUUAGAGAAGUCAAAUGAGCCCCUGAGUGUUUUCAGUGGGCACUCAUGAAGAGCUUGGGAGAGGAGCAGGGAGGAAGUACUUCUAUGCUUUGUAGAUACUGCACAGCACAGCGCUGAACUUCAGCUUCCUGUUUGGUGUUUGUAAUCCAUAGCACUUGCAUACAUCCUUGGGUGUUACAAAAAUAUUUCUAGUUAUGUGACUUAACUUGUUAGGCUGACUACCAAAAGAUCACCCUCUUGAGCUCCUAGUUUCAUAUGACAGCAAUAUUAUACAUCAAAAUGUCACUUUCCAGUGAAAUGAGCCUGGAUUGUAUUUUUAAGUCCACAGGUCUCCACAUUUGAUAACUUUUCUAUGAGGUUUUUAAUCAGCUUUUUUCUGCAGUGUUACAGUUGAAGAGAGAUUCAACACUAUUGUUCUUAAUGCAACCACAGUUUCAUUUCCUUCAACAUUUUUUAUACUCCAUAUUUUCACUCCAAUGAAGAACCUCACUUAAGUCUGUGUCUUGGGUCUGCAAAUCUAUAUAUAAUUCAUAAACCAAUUAGCAAAUUGCUGGUUACUCCAAAAGCUUCGUUUUUUUUUUGUUUGUUUGUUUUUGUUUUAAAUAAUACACUACGGGGCACUUCACUUAUAAGACAGUAUCCUGCACACUCAUUCUGCAAUCAGUGAUCAAGGGAUCAUUUCUUAUCAGGUGUGGUUACACUAUCAUUCCUAAGAUUUUUAAAACUUCAAGGGGCUUUUUUAGUGAUCUUGAGUUUUUCUUAGAUUCUUAAUCCAGCUCUGAAACAAUUUACCAAACACACAGAGCUUCAUAUGCCCAUCUUGCAUGCAGAGCGAGAGGAGGAAUGUUAAAUGAUACAGGCAAAUGGAUGCCUGCACUCUACCAUGCAAAUAGAGGUCUCUAGCUUGAGUGAUUUUAAGAGAAUAUUUAAAUGUGUAAUUGUUUUGGUACAGGGAUAUGGAUGAUUCUAAGAGAUUUGGGAGAUGGGCUGGUCCUACCUGCACUAGUGAGCCAUUUAUGAGAAUGUGAAGCUUGUGUGCUCCUUCCUUGUGAGCACUCUGUGGUAUGUGAAAAGGUGAGGGGAAACCAUUUUUUUAAUAAGAAACUGGAAUGCAGUGGGUGGCGUUGAGCAAUCUGAGAAUCAGAUAUACUGUAUCACUAAAGAUUUUCUCUUCUAAAGAAGUAUAGACAUUCAUUUUUUAAAGGAGUAUUUGGUACUCCACUUGAAGAGCCUGCCCUUACAAGCAGCACUUGAGAGUAGUGUCUCAUCUCUGAUAAUCACAGGCAGGCUUCUUGCUACUUAGCUGGACAACAGCAUGAUAAAGUGAAACUGUCUCCUAGAGCCACCUUAGGGAUUACUGUGCUCUGGGGCAUAAACGCAUAGAGCUGAAGUUGUAGGGAAACUUAGCUUGUACUCAAGGUCUUCAGUGGACGGAUCUUAUCAUUACUGAUCAGGCAGUAGCUGGGAAGUACAGAAGAUGCUGCUUCAGAUGGAUUUUUUUUUAAGCCAACC